CGGGCAAUAAGAUAUAUAGUUAUAUAACAAUCAGCAGGGCUGGAAUCUUAGACCCAUCAGCCAGGUCGCACAUGACUCUGCUGCGAUCACGAUUCGGUUGAUUGGCGGGCGGUUCGGACGUCAUCACACCAGCCGAUUCCUCUCGAUCGGUAUAACCAAACAUGUCGACCGAAUCUACAAAGACGGCACGAGAUGUCGGAUUGACCUCCAACGACGACGACAAGCGCCCCGAAGAAGAAGAGGCAUGGACCGUCCACUCGCUCUCCUUGACGAGAGAGAUCGCUUUCGUCAGCGUCGUCUCCGCCUGCCAGCUCUCUACUCAGAGCGGCCUCGGAAUGGCCAUCGCCCCGCUUCACAUCAUCGGAAACGACAUGGGUAUCGGCGGAGAACCUGCUUAUCUAAGUUGGUCUCCCGCAGCAUACAGCUUGACGGUGGGGACGUUCAUCCUCAUCGCCGGGAGGAUAGGCGAUCUCUACGGGCAUAAACGGGCGGUCAUCUGGGGUUGGGUUUGGUACGGAUUCUGGAGCUUGAUAGGAGGCUUCUCCGUCUACGUACACCCUCACCCAGACAUCUUCUUCGACACCAUGCGAGCCAUGCAAGGCAUCGGUCCCGCCUUCCUCCUCCCUAACGGAGUCGCCCUCCUCGGCCGCUCCUACCCACCAGGCCCUCGUAAAAACCUCGUCUUCUCCAUCUUCGGCCUGACAGCCCCUACAGGGUUCAUCGUCGGAGCCCUCUUCUCCUCCCUGAUCGCGCAAUUCGGCUGGUGGCCCUGGAUUUACUGGGCAAACUGUAUAGCCUGCUUAGUGUUCGCCGGAUUGAGUUGGGGUUUCAUUCCGCCGAUGGACGGGUAUAACCCGGAGAGGGAGAUGAAGGGGAGCUUGGACCUCCCUGGGUGUUUGACGGGGGUGACGGGGUUGAUCCUCAUCAACUUUGCUUUCAACCAAGGGCCUGUGGUCGGGUGGCCGACGGUUUAUGUUUACGUGCUCUUGAUCGUCGGGUUCUUGUUCAUGGGAGCGUUCGUCUGGUUCGAAAGUCGAGCGCCGUACCCGCUCGUACCGAUGAAUAGCCUGACCCGGGAACUAGGCCUCGUCAUGGCCGCCAUCGGAGCAGGUUGGGGUUCGUUCGGGAUCUGGAUCUUCUACGUCUGGCAAUUCUGGCAGAUUUUACGAGGAGACUCUCCGCUUAAAGCUACGGCUCAGAUGCUCCCCGUCAUCUUCUCCGGAGCCUUUGCAGCGCUGAUGACCGCCUUUCUCAUCAGCCGGAUCAGACCCGGUUUUCUGUUACUCGGCAGCAUGCUCGCCUUUGCUACGGGCAACAUCAUCGCCGCGGUCACCCCUCCCAGUCUCAACUACUGGGCAGCGAGCUUCAUCGCCAUGCUCAUCAUGCCCAUCGGGAUGGACUGUUCGUUCCCAGCUGGGAACCUCGUCGCCUCGGCCUCGAUGCCGAGACAUCAACAGGGAUUGGCGGCCUCGUUGGUGAAUACCGUGCUGAACUAUAGCAUCUCGAUAGGGUUGGGGAUAGCUGCGUUGGUAGAGACGAGGAUCAAUCGGGAUGGGACCCAGGUGCUGGAAGGGUAUCGGAGUGCGUUUUAUGUAGGGAUCGGGUUGGCCACGCUGGGGAUUGGGGUUAGUCUGGUACUCGUCUGGGCGACGAGGCCGCGGGCAAGACCAACACAAGCAGGGGGAAAAGCAACGAUGGAUGAACCGAUCGAAGGCGUAUCGAGCACGACCUCUUGAUGAGCGUCCAGGAAAAACACACAGGUUUGAAUCGAUUCUUUAC